CUAUUACAGUCUAACAACAGUGACCAAUAGAAAGAGAAGAAGAUCCAAGAAAGCUGAGGAGGACAGGAAGCAAACACAGUGGUUAGCAGCCAAAGGCUGUGAAUUUACAGUGAUUUCUAACUGGCUUCAGAUAGCUCCAGGAACUUAACUAACAAGGCAAACAAUGACUCUAAAAGUCUAUACAAGCCUUUUGCUCUUAUUUUUGGUCAAUGCUGUGUGGACUCGAACUGUGAGACAAGUUUAUGAUGAGCUGGAUCCUGACCAUUGGUCUCACUACACUUCUGAGUGUCCACAAGAGUGCUUUUGUCCUCCUAGUUUCCCCAAUGCAUUAUACUGUGAUAACAAAGGACUUAAAGAAAUACCUGCAAUCCCAGCAAGAAUUUGGUACCUCUAUCUUCAAAACAAUCUAAUUGAAACAAUUUCGGAGAAACCUUUUGUAAAUGCCACUCAUCUGAGAUGGAUAAAUCUGAACAAGAAUAAGAUCACCAACAGUGGAAUUGGGAGUGGUGUGCUGAGCAAGCUGAAAAGGCUGCUUUACUUAUUCCUUGAAGAUAACGAAUUGGAAGAAGUGCCUGCCCCGUUACCAGUGGGCCUGGAACAGCUGAGACUGGCUAGGAACAAAAUCUCCAGAAUCCCAGAAGGAGUCUUCAGCAACUUGGAAAACCUUACUAUGUUAGAUUUGCACCAGAACAGUUUGUUGGACAGCGCACUUCAAAGUGACACCUUCCAAGGACUCAACAAUCUCAUGCAACUCAACAUAGCAAAAAAUUCACUCAAGAAAAUGCCUUUAAGCAUUCCAGCUAACACACUGCAGCUGUUUUUGGACAACAACUCCAUUGAAGUGAUACCAGAAAACUACUUCAGUGCAAUACCCAAAGUGACUUUCCUUAGGCUGAACUACAAUAAAUUAUCUGAUGACGGUAUUCCCCCAAAUGGGUUUAAUGUUUCGUCUAUUCUAGAUCUACAGCUGUCUCACAACCAGCUCACUAAAAUUCCACCAAUCAAUGCUCAUCUCGAGCACCUUCACCUUGAUCACAACAGAAUCAAAAGUGUCAAUGGCACUCAAAUAUGCCCAGUCUCAAUUUCCGUAGCAGAAGACCAUGGGUUUUAUGGCAACAUCCCUCGCCUCCGAUACCUUCGCCUGGAUGGAAAUGAAAUUCAACCUCCAAUCCCAUUGGACAUCAUGAUAUGUUUCCGCCUACUUCAAGCUGUUGUCAUAUAAAGAUAUUACAGUGUCAUUUGUGUGCUGUGUGAAUGCUAAGAUACAAGUUUUGCUGGAAUGAAACUUGUUCUAAUUCAUAAAUCAAGAAGUAACAGCUUUAUUUUGACUUUAAUUUUUUCUUUGCUUGUAUCUUUUCUAUGUCUGAAAAGAUUGUUCUUCUUUCAGAAGAGAUUUUGGAUGGACAUGAAACGUGCUUAACACUUUACCUAAGAAUUCCUAAUGCGAAUAUAUUGAAAAUCUUCUGUGUAAGAUCCGAAAUAUUGCAAUGGAAAUUCUUGUCUACUCCAUCUUUCUCGUCAAAUCGUACAAUGUAUACCCUGUUAACAUCAUUGCUACAGAAAAAUUAUAUUUCCUUAUUUUGUUACAUAGAAACUAACACAAUGAAUUUGGAUGCACUUGGCUAAUAUAUGUGCUAGAAAAAUCAUGAGCUGCAUGACUACUAGUUAUCAGAACUGCCACUGUCUCUUUUAAGAUAGUGAAUAAUGGUGAACAACCACUUAACAUGUAAAUAACUCAUAAAUCACUGUCAUCCUUUGAAGACUCAUACUUUUAAGGCAUGAAAUAUAUGAGGCUGAGUCCAAAGCAAUAUACUGAAUAUGUAUUGUUGUAUGGAUUCAUUCAGUGUAUGAUUUCAGACUUGGAAUACACUGAUCCAACUCAAAUCCAGGGACAAGGGAACAUGAGAUGAAAUCUUGGUCUACCAAAGUGCCAGUUUUCUCCUGUUUCAUUCUUCAGUAUUCCAUUUCUAGUUUUGACACCAUUUCCUUUUGUAGCUUUGGGAUAGUCACUGAAUGUUUGGUUUAUUUUAAUUUCCACAGAGGUAAAACCAAGAACAGUAACGAUCACAUAUUUCACAGACAAAGUACUUCACAAAAAUUGGAAUGGCUAGUUAAUAUAAUGGUAAUAAAGAGAAAAUUAAAAGAUUAAAAGAUACAUCCCCUCCCAAUUAUGUACUGAACUAGCCUAAUAUUGGCAUAAGAAUUGCAUCAGUUGAAGCAAAUACAAUCAACUCAGAACAGUAUGUAGCUAUCUGCUCACUCAUAUACACGCACAUAGUAACACUGGAUUUUAGAGAAGUCCAGGUAUUUGGAAUGCAGCACAAUCCCAAUUCACUAACAAGGGAGAUAUCAGCAGGCGUCUUUUUAUGGUUUGAUUUUUUUUUUUUAUAAGAUAAAUAAGAUAACAUUGAGAUUUAAAUACACAACUUCAAUAUUAGAGUCAACUAUUCACUGGGAGAGUAUGAUAUUUUUAUUUCUGAUAGCCAGCACAGCAGAUUAUCCAUCAGUCAUAUUAUUUUAGUCUCCUUGUAUUUGUAGAUAGAAGCAAUUAGUUGCUCUUUGAUAGCUUGCAUCUACUUCUAACAUUUUAAGAUUGGCCUCAGUAAUAAGCAUUUAAAGACUAUGCAUGUGGUAUAAUUUUUUCUUUGAAGAUGAAGCAUUUUCUUAAAAGUAGAUUUUUAAAAGGGUUAAGAACUGCAAUUUCUAACAGUCAAUUUCUUUUUAUCAGAAAAUCAGGCCUUAUUCUGCUCUGGUGCACUUGUGGAAAUAACCCAGUAUAGAAACCCAGCAUAAAAAUAACCCACUCAGAAAUCCUAUCACAAAAACAUUUAUUUUUGCAGUUCUUUUUUACGUGAUUGCUGAGAAACUACUGCCCUUCUAACAAAAUAUUUUCUGUACCUCUCUGUUCACCCUAUAUGAAAAAAUACAGAUUUAAAAUAUCUCUACAAUAUGUAUGCA